CUACUCGCAAGCAUAUACCCGGCAUAUUCGACUUCUACCAAACCACAGAAGUGGAGAGAAGACUUUCCAUUAUUUAAGCAGAGCAUGCUCGGUCUCCCUCGAAGCGCGCGUGAUCACAAGGAUCUCCAUCGAAAGUCUGUAAGAAUGCUCGCCUCUCCACCCCUGAUCCACUGCUGGGCAGUCGCAAUUCUCGUCUGGAUCGCUGCUGCCGCUGCCAAGGACACGAGCCUCCACUUCUACAUGCACGACAACAUGACUCCUCCAAACCAGAGCGUCGUCAUGGUCGCGGGGCCUGGAACCGCGGGCUUCGGCACCGUGACCGUCAUCGAUGAUCCGCUCACUCAGGGGGCCGACGCAUCGUCUCCGGCGAUUGGAAGGGGCCAGGGGACUUGGAUCGUCGCGUCCAUGGACGGGAGGAGCUUGCUCCUCACUUUCAGUGCCGUGUUCCAGACGGGCGACUUCAAGGGGAGCACGCUGAGCUUCCACGGAUCCGACGACACCUCGGAGGCUGUCCGGGAGAUCGCUGUUAUCGGAGGAACCGGCCAGUUUCGCAAUGCUCGGGGCUACGCUACCAUCAAGACCGCCUCUGCCAGUGGUGCUUCAGUCAUCCUGGAGAUCGAUGUCAGGGUAAGUCACUGAUUGGAAAGCUCUAGCACAGAUCUUCGUCAUCAAGAAAACCAUUCACUCUCAUUCUUUGCGCUCUAAUUAAUCGAAGUUACCUGUUUUUCC